GAUACCAUUCCAGGGUCGUGCCUCCUAGUCUUAGAGGCAGGAAUCACUGUGUUAGCCUGGAAGGGAUCACCUAAGGAUACUAAACAUUACAGGACGAAGAGCAGGCUCUAUACACUGACUGCCAUCAUGACAGAUGAAGACGAUGUUAAGAAGAGCAAGUCAAAGGAGGUAUGUGGCUAUCCCCUAAGCAUAUUCUUCAUUGUUGUAAAUGAGUUCUGCGAGAGAUUCUCCUACUAUGGCAUGCGAGCUGUGCUGGUGCUGUACUUCAGGUACUUCCUUCGGUUUGAUGAUGACCUGGCCACCUCCAUCUACCACACCUUCGUGGCUCUGUGCUACCUGACUCCCAUCCUGGGAGCCAUUGUAGCAGACUCCUGGUUGGGCAAGUUUAAGACUAUCAUCUACUUGUCCAUUGUCUAUGCAAUUGGCCAGGUUGUGAUGGCAGUCAGCGCCAUUCAUGACAUCACGGACACAGACAGAGAUGGCACGCCAGACAACUUGACCUUGCAUAUUGUGCUGUCCAUGGUGGGCCUGCUCCUCAUUGCGCUGGGGACAGGUGGUAUCAAACCAUGUGUGGCUGCUUUUGGAGGAGACCAGUUUCAGGACCACCAGGCAAAACAGAGGAGCACUUUCUUCUCGGUUUUCUACCUGUGUAUCAAUGGUGGGAGUCUCCUGUCUACUAUCAUUACACCAAUCCUCAGAGGCCAGGAGUGUGGCAUCCACAGCCAGCAGAAGUGUUACCCUCUGGCCUUCGGUGUCCCUGCUGCGCUCAUGGUGGUCGCCCUUGUCGUGUUCAUAAUUGGAAGUGGUAUGUACCAUAAGACUGAACCGCAGGGAAACAUAAUGCUGGAUGUGUGUAAAUGUAUCGGGUUUGCAAUAAAGAACCGCUUCAGGCACAGGAGUAGCUCCUACCCGAAGAGAACGCACUGGAUGGACUGGGCCGAAGAGAAACACGAGAAACUCCUCAUUGCUCAGAUAAAGAUGGUGCUGAAGGUCCUAUUUCUGUACAUUCCCCUUCCAAUGUUUUGGACCCUAUUUGACCAAAAGGGCUCUAGGUGGACUCUUCAGGCCACCACCAUGGAUGGAAACUUUGGAUCCCUCAUUCUGCAGCCUGAUCAAAUGCAGACUGUCAACCCUAUCCUGAUCCUGACUCUGGUACCGAUCAUGGACAGUGUGGUGUACCCACUGAUAAAGAAAUGUGGCCUGAACUUCACUCCUUUGAGGAGAAUGACAGUGGGGAUGUUUUUGGCAGCCAUGGCCUUUGUUGCCGCAGCUUUGGUACAGAUCCAGAUUGAUAAAACCUUGCCAACCUUCCCAUCAUCCUCCCAGAGCCAAUUAAAAUUACUCAACAUGGGCAGUAUCCCCCUGACAGUUACCUUACCCAAUAACGAUCCAUUCGUCAUUGAAGCAGCUACGGCUAGUGCAAAUUACCUUACAUUUGAGGAAGAAAGCAUCCAAGUUUCAUUUCAGAGUCCUGCAAUAUCUAGGACUAUUUCCUUAGCAAAGAACAAGCGGCAAACACUACUAAUUCCCUCAAACCUCAGUGCCCCAAUGUGGGAGGUGACUGAUGAUGUGAUGGCAAAGCCAGAGCAAGGGGCCAAUGCAAUCAGAUUUGUUAAUGGUAUGGCUGGAGCGGUGAAUGUGUCAACCUUUGGAAGCAUUGACUACUCCUCUGCUUCCAACUACUCUCUCAUAUCAAAUGGAAAAGCCACCUUCAUCAUAACCAAUGGUGCGAACACAUGUAAAUACUCCAGAGAAUUUGGAUUCGGGAGUUCUUACACUCUGCUUAUCCCCAGUCAUUUUGUAUGGGGCCUGACUUGCUCGGAAUCCAUUUCUGGGGUUGAGGAUAUCCAGCCCAACUCCUUCCAUAUGGGCUGGCAGAUCCCACAGUACUUCCUCAUUACCUGUGGAGAGGUGGUGUUCUCUGUUACUGGCCUGGAGUUCUCUUAUUCACAGGCACCGAGCAACAUGAAGGCAGUGCUACAAGCAGGCUGGCUGUUCACUGUAGCUAUUGGCAACUUUAUUGUCCUUAUUGUGGCUGAGAUUGCACAGAUCGAAGAACAGUGGGCAGAGUUUGUCCUCUUCGCCUCCCUCCUAGUGGCAGUGUGUGUCAUCUUCUCCAUCAUGGCCUAUUUCUAUACCUACAUGGACCCUGCAGAGAUCGAGGCCCAGUUCAGGGACAAAGAUGGUACGGAGGAAUCAGACAAAGAGGAGCUUCAAAUGCAGAAGAAAGAUUUCGUAGACCAUCACAAUGAAGAUGAUGAAGCCAAACAAUCAAAAAUGUAAAUUUCUGUCAAUUUGCAUAAUUGUGUGUGUGUGUGUGUGUGAGCGUGUGUGUGUGAGCGUGUGUGUGUGAGC